GGUUUCCGAAUGUUUAUAUCCACAAUUCAGUAUAAUUAAACACAAACUCAUAAUCAAUAAUAUUUAUAAAGAUAACGCCCAGAAUUCGGGCGACACUAAUAAUACAAUCUUAUCAACGUGAAACCCGAUAAAAACUUUGUUGGUACAGAAAUAUAUUCAGUAACAAAUCAUACCGGAUAUACGGUAAGUAACAUUUUCGUGAAAAUGAAACAAUAUCUCGUGUUCCAGAUUGUUCUUCUCGCAUUUGUGGCCAUGGCUGCAGCACAGGGUGUGCAUAUUGUCGACAACAAUCCUUCCCAUGUGCAUGUAGUUGACAACAAUCCAAGUCAUGUUCACGUUGUUGACAACAAUCCAAGUCACGUUCAAGUAGUCGACCACAAUCCGAGUCACGUUCAAGUAGUCGAUCACAAUCCGAGUCACGGUACGCUUAUACUCGUAAUUAAUGAAUUUAUAAGAUAUAUAUUAACUUUUGAGUUUAAAUUAAAUGAAUUAAAUUCGAAUUUCAGUACACGUAGUCGAACACAACCCGAGCCUCGGUAUGAUCCAAUAAUAUGAUUGCAAAGUUUUUAAAAAAUAACAAUAUCUCUUUUCUUAAAUAAUAUAAAAAAAGAUAACAUACUUUAACAUACGUAAACUCUGUACUCGAUCUUGUCUUCCUUUUUUUUUUUUUGUUCAGGUGCAUGUACUGUAUGGGUCUGUAUGGUGUGGUACAAUUGUAUUGUGUUAUGUUAUGUAUAUAUCAUAAUAUUUUUAAUUUUUGAAAAUAUAACCUUCAACUAAUGUUAAUAUUGAACUUAUUUUUCUAUAUCUUUUCUUACUUAUAAAUUUUUAAUAAUGCUUUGCUUAUACUAUUGACAUUUAAAAUGUUUACAGUUCACGUUGUGGAAGAAGCCGACAA